GAGAUAGCCGAAGAUGUGGGAGGCGGGGCCAUUUCCACAGGCGGAAGUGCCGGCAUUGGAGUGGCCGAAGAGGUCCGAAGGCUUAGGGCGCGAACCGAACAUCGCCGGCAGUUUCCGGAGAGAGCCGACGGGCCCCGAGCGGCGGCGCCGGGGCUCCGUCAUGGCGGCCGCCGGGGCUGCUGCUGUUGCCGGGAAGAACGAGGACCCGGCGGCGGAGGCCGAGGCGCUAGCCGCAGCUCGGGAGCGGAGCAGCCGGUUCUUGAGCGGCCUGGAGCUGGUGAAGCAGGGCGCCGAGGCGCGCGUGUUCCGCGGCCACUUCCAAGGCCGCGCGGCCGUGGUGAAGCACCGCUUCCCUAAGGGCUACCGGCAUCCCGCGCUGGAGGCGCGGCUCGGCAGGCGGCGAACCGUGCAGGAGGCCCGCGCGCUGCUCCGCUGCCGCCGCGCAGGGAUAUGUGCUCCCGUUGUCUUUUUCGUAGACUAUGCAUCCAACUGCUUAUACAUGGAAGAAAUUGAAGGCUCAGUGACUGUUCGAGAUUAUAUUCAGUCUACUAUGGAGACUGAAAAAACUCCUCAAAGCCUCCUUGGCUUAGCCAGGACAGUCGGGCAGGUUUUGGCUCGAAUGCACGAUGAAGACCUCAUUCAUGGUGAUCUCACCACUUCCAACAUGCUCCUGAAACCCCCCGUGGAGCAGCUGAACAUCGUGCUUAUAGACUUUGGACUCAGUUUCGUUUCAGCACUUCCUGAAGAUAAGGGGGUUGAUCUCUACGUGCUAGAGAAAGCCUUCCUCAGUACCCAUCCCAAUACGGAGACUGUGUUUGAAGCCUUUCUGAAGAGCUACUCCACCUUCUCCAAAAAGUGCAGGCCGGUGCUAAAAAAAUUAGAUGAAGUGCGCCUGAGAGGAAGAAAGAGGUCCAUGGUCGGGUAGAAGAGCCUGCUUGACAAGUGUGGACACUUGGGCCAUUUAUGUCAAAGUGAACUUGAAGGAGUGCUCUGAGUAUGAGGUUAGACUUAAAUAAAGGUGUUGAGAUACUUUUAAGCUCUG